UGAUUCUAUGUGUAUCUAGCUGGGACUGAUUUCUUCAAUCAUACACCCUUAAUAUACAUACCGGUUGGUUUCUUCCGCGACGUCAACACCGAUUCCACUACACCGCACUUACAGUACGCUACAAAAGUCAACAAACCCCGCAUAUCUCCAACUCCCAUCCCAGCAUCCCCAAUCCAGAUAAAAAAAAUGGGCGACCAUGUCCUCUUCUUCUACGGCACCCUAAUGGCCCCCCAAAUCCUCCACCGAGUGAUCCACGGCCAAGCGGUCCCCGAACCAUGGCAAAAGGCGCUUUUAACCAUCAAGCCCGCGAUAUUGCACAACUACCGACGGCAUCGGGUCCAGGGGGCAGAUUAUCCAGGGAUAGUGCCCGUGUCAGAGGGAGAGGAUGCUGGUGCGGGGCCGGGGCCCUCGGUGCUUGGGACGGUGGUGUGGGGGUUGACGGAUGGGGAUGUAUUUCGAUUGGAUCGGUUCGAAGGAAGGGGGGGAGAGGAGGGAAAGGUACGAGGGUUGUUGGAUGCGGCGGGGGGAGCGAAGGAGGGGAAGGAGGUGGAGGCCGUUACGUAUGUGUGGACUGCUGGGGAGGAGCGGUUGGAGGGGGCAGAGUGGGAUUUUGAGGCGUUCAAGAGGGAUAAAUUGGCGUGGUGGGUGGAGGCGGAUGAGGAGUACUCAUAG